CCCUUUUUCAUCCGUUAUCACGAAGAUUUCAUCUGUUGGUUUUGCUUGUUAUCGGAUUCUGUUUGGCAUCGUAUAUGAGGGGAAACCUUGGUGUCACAAUGACAUGUAUGGUCAAUUCAACAGCAGUUGCACUAAAGAAUCUUCAACAUAGUGCUAUGGCCAACAAAACUUUGCAACUUAUUGUUGACAUUCCACCUCAGUGUCUUCAGGCUGAUAAUACGACUAGUGGUGUUAAUGAUUACGGGGGUUCAUUGGAAUGGGACAGUAAACAUCAGAAGGAAAUUUUUAAAGGAACCUUCUGGAGCAGUGUUGCAACUGCAUUACUAUCAGGUUACGUCACUGAUCGAACAUCACCAAAAUGGUUACUUCAACUUGGAAUUGCAUUUUACAUCAUCUGUACAGCAGUUUUUCCAUGGUUAACACUAAAUGUUGGAUAUACUGCAGCACUGCUUUCAAGGAUAGUUAUGGGUAUUGGCGAAGGUUUUGUGGUACCGGCAAUAAACGCAAUGAUAGCUGUCUGGUUUCCUGCCACAGAACGAGGUACAGCAGCUUCUAUCUAUACAUCUGGCAAUCAGAUAGGAGGCUUUUUAGGUUCACCUUUAGCUGCCUACAUUUGCGCAUCAUCCUGGAAGUGGCCGUUGGUAUUUUACCUCUGCUCAAUCGCUGUGUGGUCGAUAAUUUGGUGUUUAACAGUAACAGAUACACCGGCACAGAGUAAAUGUAUGAUCAAAAGAGAACGAUUGUAUUUAGAAACCAAAAUCCCAAAAAUUCGAGAAGAAAAACAGAAGUUAAAAAUACCAUGGAGUGCAAUUCUUACAUCCGGACCAGUUUGGGCAAUAUUUAUUGCACAAUGUGUAUCACAUUUUAUUUUUAUAUUAAUGCAGUCUUAUACUCCAACUUACUUUAAGGAAGUAUUAAGAAUGAAGUUGACAGAUGUAAGUUCACUGGCGCGUAACUAUAGCCCUAAUUUAUCAAUGACGGCAAUUUUUUUGUGCUUGGCAUUCCUUGUGGACUGUACAAAGCCAACACUUGGUGUAAUUUUGAUGUGCCUUUUUGGUAUGGCAUUUGGUACAACAACACCUGGAUUUUUUACCAGUUUACUGACUAUUGCACCGCCGUAUGUUGGUACUUUGUCGUCUAUAUCAUUUAUUUUUGGUAUUAUUGGACAACUGGCAGCUCCAGAUGUUGUUGGUUAUAUCAACCAAAAUCUGACCUACAACCGUGGGCAAUCGUGAAG